AUGGGGCAGUGUUGCAGCAGAGCUACGGCCCCGGACUCUGGACGGGGAGGCACCAAUGGUUAUGGCUAUUCCAACCAGGCAAAGCCAGCGCAAGCACCUCCGAGUUACAACCCUCCUCAGCAGGCGGCUGAGGUGAGGUACACGCCGCCGGCGAUGAACGCUCCGGUAGUCCCACCUGUGGCUGCGCCACCGAAGCCCACGGCAGACACGAUUCUUGGCAAGCAGUACGAGGACGUGCGCUCUGUCUACUCCCUCGGGAAGGAGCUUGGCCGGGGCCAGUUCGGGGUGACAUACCUCUGCACAGAGAUUGCCUCUGGUAGGCAGUACGCCUGCAAGUCCAUCUCCAAGCGCAAGCUCACGAGCAAGGCAGACAGGGAGGACAUUCGAAGGGAGAUCCAGAUCAUGCAGCACCUGUCUGGGCAGCCAAACAUUGUUGAGUUCCGGGGAGUAUAUGAGGACAAGAGCAAUGUCCAUGUGGUGAUGGAGCUCUGCGCAGGUGGGGAGCUCUUCGAUCGCAUCAUUGCCAAGGGGCACUACACAGAACGUGCAGCCGCUACAAUCUGCAGAGCAGUUGUGAAUGUUGUCAACAUUUGCCACUUCAUGGGUGUGAUGCAUCGUGAUCUGAAACCUGAGAACUUCUUGCUUGCGACCAAGGAGGAGAAUGCAAUGCUCAAGGCCACUGAUUUUGGGCUUUCCGUCUUCAUUGAAGAAGGAAAGAUGUACAGGGACAUUGUUGGAAGUGCUUAUUAUGUUGCUCCUGAAGUCCUUAGGCGCAGCUAUGGAAAAGAGAUAGAUGUUUGGAGUGCAGGCGUUAUUCUGUACAUUCUUCUCAGUGGCGUGCCUCCAUUUUGGGCUGAAACUGAAAAGGGGAUAUUUGAUGCUAUUCUGCAUGAGGAGAUUGACUUUGAAAGUCAACCUUGGCCAUCAAUUUCUGAGAGUGCUAAAGACUUGGUUAGAAAGAUGUUGACACGAGAUCCAAAGAAAAGACUGACUUCAGCUCAAGUUCUUCAACAUCCAUGGCUCAGAGAAGGUGGGGACGCAUCUGAUAAGCCUAUUGACAGUGCUGUUCUCUCUAGAAUGAAGCAGUUCAGAGCAAUGAAUAAGCUGAAAAAGAUGGCCCUAAAGGUUAUUGCUUCAAACCUUAACGAGGAAGAGAUCAAGGGGCUAAAGCAAAUGUUCAUGAACAUGGACACAGACAAUAGUGGCACAAUCACAUAUGAAGAACUCAAAGCAGGAUUAGCCAAACUUGGAUCAAAACUGUCAGAAGCUGAAGUAAAGCAGUUGAUGGAGGCUGCUGAUGUUGAUGGGAAUGGAUCCAUUGACUAUGUUGAGUUCAUCACUGCCACAAUGCAUAGACACAAGCUUGAAAGAGAUGAACAUCUGUUUAAGGCAUUCCAGUACUUCGAUAAAGAUAACAGUGGCUUCAUCACAAGAGAUGAACUGGAAUCUGCUUUGAUCGAGCAUGAGAUGGGCGACACGAGUACAAUAAAGGAGAUCAUAUCAGAAGUUGACACAGACAAUGAUGGUAGGAUUAACUAUGACGAGUUUUGUGCAAUGAUGAGAGGAGGGAUGCAGCAGCCAAUGAGGCUCAAGUAG